CCAGCACUUGGGGGGCUGCACGCUACAGCUGCCCUGGUGGCCCGCCUCCCUCCUGGCCCCUGAGCCCAGGAUGCAAGGAUGGCCCGCCCGUCUCUGCCCACCGUGGUGCCCGUGGGCCCCCACAGCCUGCGCCCCUUCACCCAGGAGUCCCUGGCAGCCAUAGAACAGCGGGCGGUGGAGGAGGCCGCCCGGCAGCAGCGCAACAAGGAGAUGGAGAUCGACGAGCCCGAACGGAAGCCGCGAAGCGACCUGGAGGCUGGCAAGAGCCUGCCCCUUAUCUAUGGGGACCCCCCGCCGGAGGUCAUCGGCAUCCCCUUGGAGGACCUGGACCCCUACUACAGUGACAAGAAGACCUUCAUCGUGCUCAACAAGGGCAAGGCGAUCUUCCGCUUCUCCGCCACACCCGCCCUCUACCUGCUGAGCCCCUUCAACAUCGUCAGGCGAGGCGCCAUCAAGGUGCUCAUCCACUCGCUGUUCAGCAUGUUCAUCAUGAUCACCAUCCUGACCAACUGCGUGUUCAUGACCAUGAGUGAGCCGCCCCCCUGGUCCAAGAACGUGGAGUACACCUUCACAGGGAUCUACACCUUUGAAUCCCUCAUCAAGAUGCUGUCCCGAGGCUUCUGCAUUGAUGACUUCACAUUCCUCCGGGACCCCUGGAACUGGCUGGACUUCAGCGUCAUCAUGAUGGCGUACCUGACAGAGUUUGUGGACUUGGGCAACAUCUCAGCCCUGAGAACGUUCCGGGUACUGCGGGCCCUGAAAACCAUCACAGUCAUCCCAGGGCUGAAGACCAUUGUGGGGGCCCUGAUCCAGUCGGUGAAAAAGCUCUCAGAUGUGAUGAUCCUCACCGUCUUCUGCCUGAGUGUCUUUGCCCUGGUGGGGCUGCAGCUCUUCAUGGGAAAUCUGCGGCAGAAGUGUGUGCGGUGGCCCCCACCCUUCAACGACACCAACACCACGUGGUAUGACAAUGAUAUGUGGUAUGGCAAUGAUACGUGGUACAGCAAUGACACGUGGUAUGGCAAUGACACCUGGAACAGCCAGGAGAGCCGGGCCAGCAACUAUACCUUUGAUUGGGAUGCUUACAUCAAUGAUGAAGGGAACUUCUAUUACCUGGAGGGUGCCCUCGAUGCCCUGCUCUGUGGGAACAGCAGUGACGCUGGGCGCUGCCCCGAGGGUUACGAGUGCAUAAAGGCCGGGCGGAACCCCAACUACGGCUACACCAGCUAUGACACCUUCAGCUGGGCCUUCCUGUCUCUCUUCCGCCUCAUGACACAGGACUACUGGGAGAACCUCUUCCAGCUGACCCUCCGAGCAGCUGGCAAGACCUACAUGCUCUUCUUUGUGGUCAUCAUCUUCCUGGGCUCCUUCUACCUCAUCAAUCUGAUCCUGGCGGUGGUAGCCAUGGCGUAUGCUGAGCAGAACGAGGCCACUCUGGCUGAGGAUCAGGAGAGAGAAGAGGAGUUUCAGCAGAUGCUGGAAAAAUUCAAGAAGCAUCAGGAGGAGAUGGAGAAGGCCAAGGCUGCCCAGGCUCUGGAAGAUGGGGAGGCAGAUGGUGACCCGGCCCACGGCAAAGACUGCAAUGGCAGCCUGGACACGUCACCAGCGGAGAAGGGGCCCCCGAGGCCGAGCUGCAGCGCAGACAGCGGCCUCUCAGAUGCUAUGGAAGAGCUGGAAGAGGCCCACCAGAAAUGCCCACCAUGGUGGUACAAGUGCGCCCACAAAGUGCUCAUAUGGAACUGCUGCGCCCCAUGGGUGAAGUUCAAGAACAUCAUCCACCUGAUCGUCAUGGACCCCUUCGUGGACCUGGGCAUCACCAUCUGCAUCGUGCUCAACACCCUCUUCAUGGCCAUGGAGCAUUACCCCAUGACAGACGAAUUUGACCACGUGCUCACUGUGGGCAACCUGGUCUUCACAGGCAUCUUCACAGCAGAGAUGGUGCUGAAGCUCAUCGCCAUGGACCCCUACGAGUACUUCCAGCAGGGCUGGAACGUCUUUGACAGCAUUAUCGUCACCCUCAGCCUGGUGGAACUGGGCCUGGCCAACGUGCAGGGGCUGUCGGUGCUGCGCUCCUUCCGUCUGCUGCGGGUCUUCAAGCUGGCCAAGUCGUGGCCCACGCUGAACAUGCUCAUCAAGAUCAUCGGCAACUCAGUGGGGGCGCUGGGCAACCUGACCCUGGUGCUGGCCAUCAUAGUGUUCAUCUUCGCCGUGGUGGGCAUGCAGCUGUUCGGCAAGAGCUACAAGGAGUGCGUGUGCAAGAUCGCCUCGGACUGCAGCCUGCCGCGCUGGCACAUGCACGACUUCUUCCACUCCUUCCUCAUCAUCUUCCGCAUCCUGUGCGGCGAGUGGAUCGAGACCAUGUGGGACUGCAUGGAGGUGGCGGGCCAGGCCAUGUGCCUCACCGUCUUUCUCAUGGUCAUGGUCAUCGGCAACCUAGUGGUCCUGAAUCUCUUCUUGGCCCUGCUGCUGAGUUCCUUCAGCGCCGACAGCCUGGCAGCCCCAGACGAGGAUGGCGAGAUGAACAACCUGCAGAUCGCCAUCGGGCGCAUCAAGUGGGGCAUCAGCUUCGCCAAAGCCUUCCUGCUGGGGCUGGUGCACGGCAAGAUCCUGAGCCCCAAGGAGAUCAUUCUCCGCAUUGGGAGGCUCGGGGAGGCCGUGGAGGCCGGGGAGGCCGGGGAGGCCGGGGAGAGUGCCCCCGAGGACGAGGCAAAGAAGGAACCACCUCCUGAGGAGGGUGACAAGGACCUGAAGGACAAUCACAUCCUGAACCACGUGGGCCUGGCUGAUGGGCCCACCCCCGGCAUUGAACUGGAUCACCUCAACUUCAUCAACAACCCCUACCUGACCAUCCACGUGCCCAUCGCCUCCGAAGAGUCUGACCUGGAGAUGCCGACGGAGGAGGAGACUGACACCUUCUCGGAGCCUGAGGAUGUCAAGAAGCUGCCACAGUCCCCCGAUGGGAACUCCUCCGUCUGCAGCACAGUGGACUACAAGCCCCCCGAGGAGGAUGCUGAGGAACAGGUGGAGGAGAACCCCGAGGGAGAGCAGCCUGAGGAGUGCUUCACUGAGGCCUGUGUGCAACGCUGUCCCUGCCUCUACGUGGACAUCUCCCAGGGCCGCGGGAAGAUGUGGUGGACCCUGCGCAGGGCCUGCUUCAAGAUCGUUGAGCACAACUGGUUCGAGACCUUCAUCGUCUUCAUGAUCCUGCUCAGCAGUGGGGCCCUGGCCUUCGAGGACAUCUACAUCGAGCAGCGGCGCGUCAUCCGCAUCAUCCUGGAGUACGCCGACAAGGUCUUCACCUACAUCUUCAUCCUGGAGAUGCUGCUUAAGUGGGUGGCCUACGGCUUCAAGGUGUACUUCACCAACGCCUGGUGCUGGCUCGACUUCCUCAUCGUGGGCGUCUCCAUCAUCAGCCUGGUGGCCAACUGGCUGGGCUACUCAGAGCUGGGACCCAUCAAAUCCCUGCGGACACUGCGUGCCCUGCGUCCCCUGAGGGCACUGUCCCGAUUCGAGGGCAUGAGGGUGGUGGUGAAUGCCCUCCUGGGAGCCAUCCCCUCCAUCAUGAACGUGCUGCUCGUCUGCCUCAUCUUCUGGCUCAUCUUCAGCAUCAUGGGCGUCAAUCUGUUUGCUGGCAAGUUCUACUACUGCAUCAACACCACCACCUCCGAGAGGUUCGACAUCUCCGAGGUCAACAAUAAAUCCCAGUGUGAGAGUUUGAUGCACACAGGACAGGUCCGCUGGCUCAACGUCAAGGUCAAUUAUGACAACGUGGGUCUGGGCUACCUCUCCCUCCUGCAGGUGGCCACCUUCAAAGGCUGGAUGGACAUCAUGUAUGCAGCUGUGGACUCCCGGGAGCAAGAGGAGCAGCCGCAGUACGAGGUGAACCUCUACAUGUACCUCUAUUUCGUCAUCUUCAUCAUCUUCGGAUCCUUCUUCACCCUCAACCUCUUCAUCGGCGUCAUCAUCGACAACUUCAACCAGCAGAAAAAGAAGUUUGGAGGGAAAGACAUCUUCAUGACGGAGGAACAGAAGAAAUACUAUAAUGCCAUGAAGAAGCUUGGCUCCAAGAAACCUCAGAAGCCAAUUCCGCGGCCCCAGAACAAGAUCCAGGGCAUGGUGUACGACUUCGUGACCAAGCAGGUCUUCGACAUCACGAUUAUGAUCCUCAUCUGCCUCAACAUGGUCACCAUGAUGGUGGAGACGGAUGACCAGAGCCAGCUGAAGGUGGACAUCCUGUACAACAUCAACAUGAUCUUCAUCAUCAUCUUCACGGGGGAGUGUGUGCUCAAGAUGUUCGCCCUGCGCCACUACUACUUCACUAUCGGCUGGAACAUAUUUGACUUCGUGGUUGUCAUCCUGUCCAUUGCGGGUCUCGCACUCUCUGACCUCAUCCAGAAAUACUUCGUGUCCCCCACGCUGUUCCGUGUGAUCCGCCUGGCCCGGAUCGGGCGCGUCCUGCGGCUGAUCCGCGGGGCCAAGGGCAUCCGGACGCUGCUCUUCGCCCUCAUGAUGUCGCUGCCCGCCCUCUUCAACAUCGGGCUGCUGCUCUUCCUGGUCAUGUUCAUCUACUCCAUCUUCGGCAUGUCCAACUUCGCCUACGUCAAGAAGGAGUCGGGCAUCGACGACAUGUUCAACUUUGAGACCUUUGGCAACAGCAUCAUCUGCCUCUUUGAGAUCACCACGUCGGCUGGCUGGGACGGGCUCCUCAACCCCAUCCUCAACAGCGGGCCCCCCGACUGUGACCCCACCCUGGAGAACCCGGGCAGCAGCAUCAAGGGUGACUGCGGCAACCCCUCUGUGGGCAUCUGCUUCUUCUGCAGCUACAUCAUCAUCUCCUUCCUUAUCGUGGUCAACAUGUACAUCGCUAUCAUCCUCGAGAACUUCAACGUGGCCACCGAGGAGAGCGGCGAGCCCCUCAGCGAGGACGACUUCGAGAUGUUCUACGAGACGUGGGAGAAGUUCGACCCUGACGCCACGCAGUUCAUCGACUACAGUCGCCUCUCCGACUUCGUGGACACCCUGCAGGAGCCGCUGAGGAUCGCCAAGCCCAACAAGAUCAAGCUGAUCACGCUGGACCUGCCCAUGGUGCCAGGCGACAAAAUCCACUGCCUGGACAUCCUCUUUGCUCUGACCAAAGAGGUCCUCGGAGACUCAGGGGAGAUGGACGCCCUCAAGGAGACCAUGGAGGAGAAGUUCAUGGCAGCCAACCCCUCCAAGGUCUCCUACGAGCCCAUCACCACCACCCUCAAGAGGAAGCACGAAGAGGUGUGUGCCAUCAAGAUCCAGAGGGCCUACCGCCGGCACCUGCUUCAGCGCUCGGUGAAGCAGGCGUCCUACAUGUACCGCCACAGCCAGGACGGUAGCGGGGACGGGGCCCCCGAGAAGGAGGGGCUGAUCAUCAACACCAUGAGCAAGUUGUAUGGCCACAGCAAUGAGAACAGCGGGGCGCAGGGCAAGGGUGAGGAGAGUGGCUCCACAGGGGACACGGGACCUGCCAUGGGGCUCACGUCCAUCAACCCCUCCGAAGCUGCCGUCCCUCCCUCCCCACCCGCAGGACAAACAGUACGCCCAGGGGUCAAAGAGUCUCUGGUCUAGCAGGUGGCGGUGAGGUGGCCAGCUGAGGCUGGCAGAGCCCUGAAGCUUCCCCAAAGCUGCCCGCUUGCUGAGAGAGCAAGGCUUUGAGUCUGGGACUGAUCCGGCUCCCUGUUGGGGACAUGAUGUGGCCACGCUGGGGCCAACACCCAGGCCAGAGCACCUGCCUCCCCAGGCCAUGAAAAAUGGGAAUUGUGAUCCGAGGCUCCACGCUGGGCCUGAGGCCCCAGCCUCUGUGAUUUCACCUUCAAGUUGCUCUUCCCCUCCUCAUGGACCCUGCUGCCUCUCCUCUUGGCCUGGGGGGCAGUCAGAGCGUCAGAAUCUCUGUCCCCCACUUGGGGAGGAGCCGGCUGCCUUCCUGCCACCAGAUCGUAAGGGCUGCUGGCCUUUCCCCAGGAAGUGUCUGAGGCCCCUGGGCCCUCCAAAGACGUCUUAACCUCAGUGAGAGUAGGCACCUGGCCCAGGGCCUGCCAGCCCUGCUCAACUCUGGGAUACAGUUCAGUGGCCAGCUCAUGAAUACCCUGGAAAAGGGAAACGUCGCUGGGUUAAAAUGGCUUCACCAGCCGUGUUGGCCACUGGAUCCUGGUGCAUCGGGAUGGGGCUGUGGCCCCUGAAACCAUUUCCCGGUGUGUCCACUGUCUAGACCUCCACGCCCCUGGCUGGCCCCUGGGGGAAGAGCACAAGGGAGGACCCCACUUGGGAACUGCGUUUUUCUAGGAAGCACGGAUGGAUAGUACAGGUCGUGUCCACCAGAGCGUCACAGCACUGCGGGCUCUUCUUGGCCUGAGCACCCAGACUCAGGGUGGGGUCGGGAACCCCAGCGCUCAGGAGGAAAAAUCGUGUUCCCUCCCUCACUUCCUCCUCCUC